CGACGAAACUCCGCGAGCACGCCUGCUGCAGAAGCUGCUACUACUGCUGGUUACUCUCCUCCAUCCAAACCUACCACUGUAGGCUUAGGCAGCUCGGAGUUUUCAACUGCUCCGCCCUCACAGAAGUCCUCCGCGGACUACCUGUCUCCCUGUGGAACUCCGCAGACGGGUGGUGGUGGUGUCAUCUGCUCGUCGAGUAACAACAUCACCUGCACAUCCGCAUCCAACUACCCUUCCAACGAGAUGCCCAACGCGAGUGAAGGGAGCUCUUUUUCCGACAGCUUGUGCAAUCAGGUCGCAGACCCUGUGAAGUUCAGUCCCAACGGCGGCGGCGGCGGCGGCAGCAGCUUAACCAACGGUUCGUCUGACAAGGCCUAUCACUUUUCGGAUAGUCAUGGAGCACCGAGGAGCAGCGGUGAUGAUGCCUCGAGAGGCGGCGGCAACAGCAACACUGACCUUCAGAAGGCUUCAGGCGAGGAGGUGAAGACUUGUCGGAGUGCUCCUACCCUCACAGCCGCCUCCCCGUCCCAUGUUGAAUUGCACUUCCUCAUAAAUACGCUGCCUCAGUCCCUACUGGAGUGUGCUCUCGAACAUACACAGAGUUUAGACUCGUUUCUGCAAACGGACUACUUAAAUUAUGUAAUGGGCCUGUGA